GAAGAUAUUUCAAUGCUAGUAGCAACUUUAUUCUUAAACAGUGUUUUGGUAUCUCCAGAAUCCUGGCCUUUUAGAACAGACUUUAAACAGGUUUCAGCUAAAGGUGUCUUCUCAGUAGCAUCCGAUUUUGUAGUUUUGCGCGAAUUGUAUAAAAGAUGACCACUGAAACCUAUUCUGAUUUGACAUAUGAGCGAGGGAAGGUGUCAAAGCGGUCGUUGCGGCCAAAACUACUAAAAUUGACAGAUGUGACAAUACCGCACCGUAGUCGAAAAAAAAACAAAGUUAAGACUAAAGACAGAUCUGCUACAACAGUUCGCGAAAGGAUCUACGAUGAUCCAGCCUACACCGAGGAUAUAAGUCACUUGGCGAACCCCAUGCGCCGCAGUAGCGUUUCCGGGAAACCGUUACUAGAGCACAGGGCGCGAAUCGAUACAGGCGGACAGCCCUCUUCCAGUAGCCUGGUGGCAAAAAACCAUCUGACCAAGGAGCUGCAUCAAUAUGUGACAGGGAAGCAGGGCAAGAUCAAGGUACAGCACACUACCACUGCAGCUUCCGGAAGCGCCGCCAUAAGCUUAAAUUAUGGAUGCGAUUCGAGCAGCACCGACAAUGAGCAGUUGGAGCCAAUGAAAGGCGGCAUGACAAGCCGGGUGCGCAGCCUUGAGCGAAAUUUGGCAGCCACAGCAUCAGAAAGAGUGGAAAAAAAAGGAACGCAGAAGCGCAACUCGAAGCAGAAGCGGAACCUAAGCCUUGACAACAGUCGCCAUCUACCCCCAGGUCACCUGCAGAGGGAAGUGGGAGCUGCGAGUAAGCACGGUCACGACGCUGAUAUCCGAACUCGCAAGGAACGCAAUCGGAAACUCUAUAGCGAGGGCGCCCAGGAAGUUGCCCCAACCGAAGUAAAUGAUCUAGAUGACGUAUACUCCGUCCGCAGCUCCGCUCAAGACUCCGCCGUCACAGUACCUGCAGUCUCGGCCUCCGACGCAGCAAAGGUUGCCAUUGGCAAACGUUUUCUGCGCGGCGAAAUUGGAAUUAAAAGCUUCAAUUACUAUCUGCUCAAGGAGGGUAUAAAGAGCUCAAAAAAACUAGUAGACAAACAUCGAAACCCGACUGGUAGUGAGGAAUCGCCCAUCAAGGCUGAGAAGCGACAUUCCCGCAGCGAAGAGAACAUCUACGAGGAGAUUUUCUUUAAGGAAACCGCCAGCACGAUCAACUUAUCGGCCACAGGCGCAACCACCGGCUUAGCUAUGUCCGUCGCCUCGGCACAAACUGACAAAGGUUUUCACAACCAUCAACCAAAAAAAGGUGGCGCUCAGCCACAUCGAAUAAGCGCAACCAGUGAUGGAAACGGAAGCGCCACUGACGCUUUUGGAGACUGCAAAAUCUGUAUGGAACAGUGCAGCAAAGACAACUGUGAGUACUGCUUGGCACACCUUGGACCAGUGGCAGGUGGAAAGUUAAAGGCGCCACAGUCACAGCAGGAGCACUACAUAAGCCAGGGACCCCAGCAAGAGAACUCUGUGGACCCGCGGACAUCGUCUAAUGGUGGUCCCGGGGUCGGCUUGCCGGCCGCCCAUAUUUUGGAGUUCCAGUCGUACAACCCCAAUAAUCCCGGCGUGUAUAAAAUUGAGACGACCCCAGUGGCUAUAACAGGCGACUAUAACCCGAUACUCCAGUUCCAGCAGUCGUCAGCCACAACGUCCACCUCAGCUACCACCACUCCCAGUGAGCACCAGCAACUGCAACAACAGAUUUAUGGUGGCUACUACCUUCCGCAUCCGCACCAGCGGCCAUAUCAACCGCCCAUUGUUGGAAAUCCAAUGCCGAGUCACUAUGCUGUGGGUGGCAGUCUGCUCUUGGCCCAGGUUGCCGGAACCGCGCAUGGAUCUGCCACGCCUCCCCGCCGAGCCCAACAGCAGCACUACAUCGUGGGGUUUCAGAGUGGAGGAGGGUCGGUGGCAGGUGCGGCUUCUCUGCAGCGGUUAAACACGAAGUCCUCCUCCUCCAGCGACUCGCUGCCGUAUCACAAGUACAAUACCAUGGCACGACUGGAGGCAAACGUGUUUGCAGAACCGGCUACUGGAGACCUCUACUAUGCCGUCAGUGGGACGCAGCCGCUGCACCCGCUCAUGUAUUCCGCUAACCGACCCAUUGGAGGAUCCCAGACACUGGUGGACUCCUACGACCCCCAAAUAUAUAAGAGCGACUCUAAGGCCUCUAUUCUUAGCGAGUUCUCCCUUCGAAGCAGCGACAACUCCCAGCGCUACGCCCGACAUCCUAAUCGGCGGCAUGGCGGGCGCGUCAGUGAUUCUAGUCUCUUUUCGGUGUACUCGAACUCUGGCCAGAGGCGGUACUUUGGGAGCUCAGAGAGCAGGUUCGGAUUUGAUUGUAGGCGCUGUAGCCUGGACGGGGUUAUCGGAAUGGGCUCUGUGUCUGGAGUGCCCGUGACAGCUCCCGAUAAGUGCAGCUAUUCUGACAACUGCCGGUACGAGUGUCGAAACUGCGAUUGUUCGUCAAAUUACUUUAGCUCAGACUUUGACGAUGUGUACGGGUCCAUAGCGCGGGGUGGUAGCAGCGGUAUACCGCGAAAGACUGCAGCAGGAACACUGCCUUCAAGUGCCCAAGAUGAGUCCAUAGAGCUCCGCCUAGAAACCGCACCCCCAGCAUCAAUGGAGCAGCAGCAAUGCGCACCUCCGCUAGACUUAAAACAAAAUAAGUACGCCCAGGAUUUUUUCAAACAUGUAAACGACGUGAAACGCAGCAUUUACCAGUCUGAAAUGCAAAGAAACAAUAGCUUGGAAUCUGCACGGCGGGGUCCAAGAGCUGGUAGCAACAUAAACAGCAAUCCCAAAGCUAGUCCCAAACGGGCCGUUUCCCAGGAACCCAGACCAGAGCCCGUAGUAACUACGCUUCCAUUAAGCAGGGGGCGUUCGGCCACAGGGCCGAAGCCCACGCCGGCACCAAGAACCAGUCUGCAGGCUCAGAAUCCACUACCAGAUAGUUCCGUCUCAAGAGAUCCUACGCCGAGCAAGCGGAAAAGUCAACCGACUGCCCGGAGAGAUUACCCUUCUUUGGACCGACUCGUAGCGUCUUCUACAGGAACUAUUCCCAAAAAACACCACAGGACCACGGCAGAGACGGGCAUACAAAACCAAAAGCUUACUCAAAAGGCGGAUGCUGAAAAAAGUUUCAAAGUUGAAGAACAAUUGCCGUUACCUGUGGCCAAACGACACCACCGUACAAGUGGAUCAAAAGCACAUCAAAACAUACCCGGUCCGAGUAUUCGACGAAAAGACAUUCCGGUCCCUCCUCCACCCUCUCCAGCUACUUACUCCGACCUACAGGAGCUGAAAGCCAAUAUGGAGGGUCUUCAGGACGAUACGAAGUCGCGAAGCUUAGAAGGCGAAACUGUUCAUCUAACUUCAGCAGAAAAGUCGAAUCAAACUCGAAAAGAAGUCCCUGGCGGUCUAUCUGAUAAGAUAGGGGAACUCUUAACUUGUGCGCCAGAUGGAAGUGCAGCGGAGACAGACGACAACGAAGUAUUUUAUGAUGCACGCAGUGAGGACUCUGGCGGGGGUAUCUUGCCCUUGGAGGCCACAGGUGUAUCAAAAAAGAGUCCGUCCCACACGGCGACAUCCACACAGGCACUGGGGGACAUCAUUGCUAACGAGAAUCGCAAGGCCGCAAUUGACACCAAAGUAGAGCAUUUGGCCGAGGAUGUCGAUUCCCCGCCCCCAGCUGCCCCUGCGCCAGAGGUGCGGGAGACGUCCGCCAUCGCGGACAUACCGGAAGGAAAUGCCAUCUGUAAUGGCAGCGACGAAGCUGAGGCCCCGAAUGGGGGCGUCAGGAGCCCGGCUGGAGUGGAGAACCAACUGGACUCGGCCACACGCCCCCGUCCCCGCCCUCGUCAAUCGUCGCCCCAACUGCCGCCCGAGUCCACGGACACUGUGGAGGCAAACGGCGAAAAGCCAACCAAAACAAAACACGAUAAAAAAGCUCCAGCAGACUCAGGUGCCCCCAUGCAACAUGUUGUUCCGACAUGUUCGAAGGAGAAUCGCUCCAAGUGGGGAUCCAACGCUCCAAAUGUUGCUCGGGAAAUCUCAACAACCACCAAUGGCAACACCAGCGCCAGCAACAGCGUAGUCGAGCUGGAGCUUAGUUGCAAGACGGGCAACACGGAUAACGCAACGCUAGCGGUAGCGCACAGCAAUCAGACGCCCGUUGUACCUGCAUGUGCGACAGCCACGGUGAAUCCAACGCACUCAAGAGCACUGACACGUCAGGACUACGCCUGCCUCGACUCCAGCGAGGCGCAAUCGGACGACAGUCACCUGACACGCGAUUCCAUUACCCGUGAGUCCCAGAACGAUGAGCUCUCCUCCUCGACACUCGAGAAACUAGACGUUAGCACUCUACCGCUGCCCGCUCUCCCCAAGCGUCGUCGUACCCGAUCUCGCACUAGUCCCUCAAAGCAUCGACAGCAGCAGCGCCAUGAAGUUGUCGAAGAUGGCAGUGCGGUUGAUGAAUCGUCUGCAGCAGCAGUCCAAAAUCCUCUCAAGCCCCGACAGCGAGCGGACACUCCAGAGUCAAAAAAACCAGAAAUAAGCGCGCCAAAUAGCAACGCAGCUGGCCAGCAGCAGAAGCAACCACAUCCCCAACAGCAGCAGACACACCUCUCCGCCUUUCAACAGUACGUCGCCAAGCGACGAGAGAGUCUCGAGGCAUCCAAUCGCUGCUUCAACGAGAAGCUGGAGGCCCGCAGAAUGCACUACCACAUAGGGGGCAGCGGUGCCAAUGGAAACGCUGCCGCCUCCCAUUUGACGUCUGGUUCCAACGGAGUGCCCACGUAUCUUUUCGGAGAACACUUUCACGGGGUAUCCGGAUCUGGGCGAAAGUCGCCCGCUACCAACAAGGAGGAAAUAUUCCUGAACAAGUCCGGCUGGGUACAGGUCAACACGAAACGUGGGAGUAGCAAGGAUGACACCUCCAGUAGCUGUCGCCGACUCAGUUAUGGCCAACAAAAUGGCGGAUCGGUCUUUCCAGACAACGGUCGCGGACGAAUUGCGGCAAGGGCUAUUCCUCCGGACCAUGGACGUCGCUCAGACCUGGCGCGGCAGUCUUUCAUUCAGCAGCAUCAGCAGCAGCAAGCCAAUAUCAGCAUGACCGAGCCCAAGUUUAUCGGCUCCAAGGUAGAAGAGCUAAUUCAGAGAAACGAAGCGCGGCUAAGUGGCUACUCCUCACGGGACCCUGCCCUCCGUCCGGGAUACCGGAUUAUCGAUCCCCAACUGGCGAACAUCCUCAACGAAAGGCCAGGCUUCUUGCCAGUUAAGAGCCCCAACGAUCUGGACUCGCCCAUCACUCCAAUUCUGUCGCCGCCACCCGCUUUCCAGGACAAUAGCCGAAUUGCACGGCAUCCGGACCGCCGCAAGCCAGUUCGCCAACAGGGUCCUUUGCCUGUGCCGGCCCAGUUGGGCACUUCGCACCACAACAACGGUCCCGCUAAGGGCAUGGUAUUCUCCCGGAGUUUCGAAUACGACAACCGCCGACCCACGCCCACCGAUAACUACGUAGAGACCUUUUCCCGCAGCUUUGAUGGAAACCUGUCAGAACGGCCGCUGAACCUGGCCGUACUAGCGGGCCAGCGGGAAAGGUCACCUAACUUCAGCACUCUGACCGGCAACUCACCUAACUACCUAACGAAGCGGGAAAGCGGCGGUGGCAGCAGUGGCUCCCUUCGAAGCCGCGACAACUCUCCUAAGUAUCUGCAUCCGCAGACGACAACGGCCUAUUUGAAUGCCGCUGUCAAGGAGGCGCCUCCUGUCUACAGUUUAGCCGCCGGCAGUCAAGCCAAGUACUCUCCGCGCUCCCGACACGAACGAACUGCUGAGCGUUCCAAGAGCCAUGGCUUUGGACGUUCUCGAAAAUCCCAGUUCAGCCGCGUAGGCAGUGCCGGACCUCUGGCAGUACAUCCAAACACUCAAAAUAUGGGAGUGUCGCGCUUCAGAAGCUUUGAUACGUCCAAGAGUCAACGCCUCAAUUCCUGCGACAGUGGCGCGAGAUCUGAUCUUUCCAAUGAUGAGCUGGACAACGAAGAUGGCGGUCUAAGCGAGUUUCUCUCUGCCGGCAGUCAGAAGUUCCCCAAAGUCGGAACGAGCAGCGUCAGCAUCUCCCCAUUCAAGAUACAACGCCAACGGUCCCUUACACCAGAUCGGAACGAUUCCCAUAGCUCUUCUAGCAGUCUGCGGAAGCAAAGAUCGCUGACCCCCGAAUCCAGGUCCUUGACUCCCGAGGAGCGACGAAAGAAGGGGUCUCAAAUCUCUUUAAGCGGUUCCCGGCAGAACUCCAGCUCCAGGAGCAAUACGUUAGAGGUUCGCCAGCGGCACGAGGAAAAGACGCAACCCAACAUAUCGCGAAGCUCCUCCAGCUCCAGUUACAGUGGUGGUGACUCUCACGAGCCAAAGCCCCCCAAUGCCAGCACCAGCUCGACUGUAAUUGCCUCGACCGCCGUUGCCGGAAGUGGCUCCACCAGUCACCGACGUGCAAUGGCCGUUAAGCAGGCGGAGCAGGAGCACCGGAUCCGACGUUCGAGAUCGUUGCAACUUACUGAGCGCUCUCCGAAUCGAACGCACAAAUCGAUCGUUAACGUUGGUCCUGUGACGUCGCAGCAGCAGGCGGCAGGAACUUCCUUCCAGCAGUCCCGCUUGGCAAGCGGAUCCGUCUUCCCACCCUCCAUUCGAGCCUCUCCAGCCGCAGCAAAGAUCCGUGUCAACCCGACUACGUUGCCAAGCAACUCGGUGAGAGGUCGACAAAACGAGGCAGACAAGGCGCGUUCCUUCGACUUCGACUACAACAACUACAACCGCGGUGCAGGGGCAAAGGGAACAGCACGGAACGCUCACACAAGUGGGAGCGGAGGAGACAGUGGAAGCAACCAGAAUCUGCGGGUUGAGAGGGAGUCCCGAUCCCUUGACGACGACUUCCGCGAAGCUGUGCUCAACAACAACAACAGCAGCAACGGAAGCGUAAGCGGGUUACGUUUCCUACAGCCUGCCGCCGAUUCCGGAAUCGUUUCCAUGGCCUCCACGUCCUCAUCCCGCCUACGAAAGUCCAAUUCCCCCGUUAACGCAUCUAGCAUGGAAGCGUCACGGUCUCCUCAGUCAUCGGGAUCCUCGUCUAACAAUCUCCACCAGCCAACAAGACAAUCUGGUAGCCCUCAGAGCUAUGGGACGCGUCUUUGCGACCACGAGCUAACUUACGAAAUGAUGCGAAAAUCGCCGAUCAUGAACUUUCGCCGAGGAGACAGCGGUGAUUAUGAGCUGCCCGCAAUGCUGCGAAAUAGGGAAACCAUAAACUCUGGGGGCAACAGCGAGCUAAACUUUAUGAGCAACGAAACGCGUAUCUACGAGCACCCGACAACAGUGCUGAAGCCACAGCGCUCCCUCCGCCAAAGUCCGGGGUCACGGGACGACCUUAACCUUGAGGUUGCUGUCGGAGUGGGUGGCGACUAUAUUUACAGGCAGCAGGCCACCCAGCCGCGGAGCAGCAGUAGUAAUGCAGAGUACCCAACAACGGCAACCACCAAAAGCUGCAGCAAAACUCUGGAUACCUGCGACUAUUGGCCUCGCUGCGCUGCCUGUCAGAAAAAGAGUGGUCCUGAAGAAACCAAGAAGGGCCAGUCCGUGUCCGGCGUUCCCUUAUUUGAGCAGGAGCAUUUGAAGCCCCACGUCACCUCAGUGACCGUUAACGAAGACACCAGAGUCCUAGGCCCAAAGCACCAAGGGAUAGAAAAAUCCAAUCCAUCGUGGACCUUCUUGUGUAGCGGUAUUGCCAGCAUUUGCCAACCCUUCGAGCAGUUCGAAAACCAGGAGAAUGCGUCCCAAGUGGCGGCAGAGGAGGAAAUCGUGCUCAGGAAGGUUGUAAGCGACCAGUGCCACAGGAUGGGACGCAGUCGGUCUUUGUCAAGUCUGAUGCUUCGGAGACCUCAACUUGCGGGAAUGCCUAAAAACGGAAACACCGCAAUGAGGUCAAACAGUAGUUUCGCUGUGGGUUUGUCGCAGCAAAUUAAGGCUGUCUCCAGUCCAACGCUGUCAGAACCGCUCUCAGAUCCAUCGCCGCAGAAGCCAGUUGAAUGUACGGAUGUGGCGACCACAGGCAGCAGCGGCGGAAGUGGAGGCGUGGGCUUGGGCGUCUUGCAGAAAUUCAAGCGCACUCUGAACAACUUCAACAGCAAAAAUCAAAUGCACAUCACUCCUCUUACACCGCCGACAGCAUGUAGCAAUCUGACAAAGGCUAAGACAUCGCCAACAGCACCGAAUGUAUCCAUUACGGCUCCGGCGACGACAUCUGCUAGCGAACCUGGGGCAGAGGGCGGCGAUGCAAGCUCCGGGAAAUACCGAUUCGGGCCCCUCAUCUGGCGCACUUCCAAAGAGCGACGUAAGACGAAAUACAACCGACGCGACAAGUGCAAUUCCGGCGACUCGGGCAUUCAAAUUGAGCUCGAGCAGGAUGAGCAAUACUCCCGUGCGCUGACUGUAAGCGUCCAAAGAGAAACGGCCGCUCCCGUCUCAACCAAUGGGACGCCCAGUGCAGCGGACUCUAAGGUGCGAUCAAUACGUCGAACCAAUUCGGCCAAGACAACCAGUAUCCUGGGACCCUUUACUGUGAGAUCAAAACACGCCAGGUCUGAUAAGGUUGAGCGCGAAGCUCCAGAAUCCCUGCCCAAGCGAUCUCUUAGCCAACCGAAUGGCCUGGAGUCAUAUGGCAUGGGACGCCCGGAUCUUGAAGAUAGCGACAGCGACAGUGUCGCGUCAAACGAGGAAGCUGUCAGCUACUACCCAACUAUUUAUGCCGAAGUGCUCUACAACUUCACGGCCGGCGGUCCUCAAGAACUUGGCCUGGAACGGGGAAUGCUCAUUGAAAUAUUGCGCAAGGAGGUUGGACCCUGGUGGUUCGGCCGCAUUAAGAAGGAGGAAACCAAUCUCGUGGAGGACAUAUUGGACCCUGAACUGGGCUGGUUCCCCAAGGAAUUUGUGCGCAUAAUUCAUUGUCCUGAGACGGAUAUUUUCUUUAACGCGCAUAGGGCUGCCGCGGCUGAGGCGGAAGCUGAGGCUGAGGAAGCUACAGCUCGUGGAGAGGAAGGGUCUAUUCCUGUUCCCGUUACGACGUUCGUCGAGGACGCAGACGUUACCGUGACCACGGACCAAAGCAACGUCACUCUAAUUGUCAUUGAAUCGCCACCAGCCCCGAUAAUUCUCCCUAGUUCCGACUCAAUGGCCCAACUGGACCACAACACAAUCCUGCGUCGAAGUGCCGUUCGCGAACUGCUUGAUACGGAGGUCAAUUACGUUAAACUGUUGGCAUCUAUUUGCGAUGGGUAUCUGCCAGCCAUGAGCAAGCGCAUCGAUAUAUUUUCUCCGAACAGUAUUCGACUGAUCUUUUCCAACAUAACGGCAAUUUACAAGUUCCAGCGAAAGUUUCUCGAGGCCUUGCGACGCGGUAUUGAGCAAAACCAGAUUGCUAAGGUUUUUCUCAAUAUGCACAAAGGUUUUCUAUGCUACUCCACCUACUGCAACGCUUAUCCUCGAGCCCUAAUCGAACUCGAGACUUACGAUCGCGUAAAAGACGCCCGUACCAUUUUUGAAAACUGCCGCGAAUCGGAGAACCUAGCCGAGCUUCCGCUUUCUGCCCACCUGCUAGCACCAGUGCAACGAAUCUGCCGCUAUCCCCUGCACCUCAAUGAGAUCAUUAAAUCGGCAAUGGAAAAUGCCGAUGAGAUAGAUGGUGGAGCAAAGCCAGUUGCCGCUAAAUAUGAACAACUUGACAUCUUUCAGGUGGACAUACCUGACUCUCAAGAUACUGUAAAUUUGGCACUGGAGGCGAUGCGCGGCAUCACAGAGGCGGUCAAUGAGGGAAAACGCCACAGCGAAACGAUUGCAAGGCACCAGGCCAGUUUUCAAAACUUUAAGGGACCGCCGCUGCACUUGCACAGUGCUCGCUUCUUCCUACAAGUAGAUGCAACGCGUCAGAAACAGAAUCUUUGGAACAGCAGCUACACGUUGUUCCUAUUUGAUAACCAGCUGGUCUACUGCAAACGUGAUAUUAUCAAGCGCAGCCAUUUCAUCUACAAGGGACGCAUUUUCCUAGACCGCUGUCGCGUGGUGAACGUGAGGGACGGAAAGAUGUUUGGGCACACCAUUAAGAACUCCCUUCGCAUAUAUAGCGAGUCGCGAGACAAAUGGUACGAUUUCAGCUUUCGUUCGGCCAACCGGAAGCAUCGUUUCCUUAGCACCCUCGCUCUAGAGCGUCAGUUUGGCGGUAAAGCCCUAUAUGUUUCCGAGAUGACUGGUUUCGAAUACAACUACGAGGAGCGGCCGGGCGAUUGUUCAGACCAAUCUGACUAUGAGGCGCAAGACUUUGAAAUAGCAACGGGAGCCAACAGUGGUGAAAGCUCUGUUCCAGAUUCACCGGCCAAGUCUUCGUCCCGUCUGUGCGAGACGUUGCCUAAAAAAUCGCAGUCCAGGGACGGCAUAUCCAGCACAGACAACGCUCAACUAUCUACCACUUCAACAGGUUCGCUGGGAAGACGUCAUUUUGGCAAUUGGUUCCGUAAGCCGAAGAGCGCCAACUGCACUCCGAGUCAGUCACCGACGCAUAAGCCGGGCUUCGACGCAGACGCGACUCUUACGGAAGCCCGGGUGGCUGCCAUGGAACUGGCCGAAGCCGCGGCUGCGCUAGUGCCAACGGAUACCUCCUCCGCAUAAAUGCUCGACACAUUAAUGAAAAGAAUCGCAAUACAACUUACAAACACCAUACAAUAUACAGGAUACAAGCAAAUGUACUCGUAGUAGAAAACAUGAUAUAAAAUAUUUGUUACAAUAAUAUUAAAUUGACUUUAAUCAUAGUAAGAUGUAGUCGAAUGAGUGUUUCAUUCUGAUUGAGUUUUUGUUAGUGUUACCUUUUUGUUCAAUAUAAAAUUGUUUGUUUUUAUUUUAAAUCGUCUGUCGUUUAAAUCUUUGAAUGUCUGUCAAAGUAUUUGCAGACGACCAAACAGUAAUACGGUAAUAAGAAUUUUAGAUUUACAACAAUGAACAAAAACAUUGUAUACUUCUGGCAUUUCAAUGCGGUUUUAUACACAAAUGUCGCCGACUGCUAGUCUAAAAACUCAUUACCUGUCCAUACUUGUAAUUCUAGGUUAUGUGAUAAGUCGAUAAUAAACACCCGCAAAUUAUUUAAAAUUUUCCCCUUUGUGUUCGCUUAGAGAACUCCACAAGCUGAAUAGAAAACUACCCACAGAAUUGAUAGGAAACGUUGUUACUUUUAAAAUGGCACGUUUUACCCAAAAUCAGUACAUACUCUUUGCAUUUAACUUGCAAUGAAAAAUGGUACUACACAUGCUAUUUGUUACUGUUUUUGUUAGGCCAAUCCAAAUAGGCAUGUUUUCAAAGUUAAAUAUAAAAAACGUACUAAAAUUUAACGAAUAAAAUUUAUAAAGGUAGUAACGAAUCAAUAAAGGAACAAUAUUAUUGCAUGUGUACAAAUUGUCAUUACGAUUUGAAACAACAUUGUAUUAUACCGAAAUUGGUUGAAGGUCAAUUUGAAGUCUUAAAAAUUAGAAAAUGUUAACAACACAUUACACUAAAAGCUAAAUGCAACAGAACAAUUGAGCGAAUUUAGUUGUUUCUAAAAAGAAACGCGAAUGAAUCCCAUUAGUAUUUAAAAUUUUGCCCACCCAGUUGGCAAUAAUUAUUUGAUGACAGUAUAAGUUGGUAGAGAGAUAUAACUUCAUAAAGCAAUUUACUAUUUAAUAGACUUUGCCACAAAAUCUCAUUGGUUUUUGGAAAAUGUUAAAACUUUAUCUGUAAAAUAUAGGAUCAAAUUCCCAGGCAACAAUUCUGCACUAUUAUAUAACAAAGGCCACGAAAUAAAAUACAUUAAAAUAAAAUAGGGUUAAAGAAUCAACAUAACAACCAUGCCAACACAGCUAAGAAUAAAAAAAAAGCUCCAAACA